UCGUGGCAGGGGAUUUUAAUCAAGCUAACAUGAAAACAGUUUUCCCUCAUUUCCAUCAAUAUGUGAAUUUUGCAACCAGGGGUGGAAGCAGAUUGGACUUGGUGCAUAGUAAUAUUAAACAGGCGUAUAAAGCUGCACCACGCCCCCACCUCGGCUCCUCAGACCAUCUAUCUGUGAUGCUAAUUCCUGCAUUCAAGCCCAUGCUGAUCAGGAAGCCAGCUACAGUGAAGCAGGUGAGGACCUGGCCAGAGAGAGCAAUGUCAGCAUUACAAGACUGCUUCGAAACCACAGACUGGGACAUGUUCAAAGCAGCCGCCACCAAAAAUCACCCCACAUGUGUGGAGGAGUAUGCAGAGUCUGUGUUCGCAUACAUUCAGAAGUGCAUGGAGGAUGUCAGUGUGAUCAAGAACAUCCCCACACGGGCCAACGAGAAACCCUGGUUGAACAGUGAGAACUGUCACGGUGCAAGCGCAUGCCGCUGCGCAUUCAUCAAUGAGCCCCGUGGAGCGCACCUCAGGACAAGCCCACAGCCGCUCAUCUCCUGCACGCGUCACUCUGGCAGCAGUAGCAGCUGCAAUCAAUCAGCACUGAGCGCACCUGUCGUUGAUGAUCUUCCCGGGCUUCUUAAGCCAGUGCAGACCUGUUUUCCGGGCCAGAAUGUAAUCACCUGUUCGAGUACCUCUGCAUUCGUUCCACAUGACGAGCUGUGCGUCUUGUCCCCCCUUUGUUUUUCCCCUCUCGUUCACUGGCUGCCCCUUGGAUCUUGACCUCCCGCUUGGACACGGACCUCCGACGCCUCGCUAUACCCCCGACUACUACCUGCUAGUCUCACGGAUCUUCGAGCCUGCCCUGCCCCUUUUGGACUUGCCUCUCUCACAACACCCCGGUAACACACAACAGUUAAUUCAUACACAUAGUCGCACACAUACACACUUUUGGAUUUA